AUGAGUUUUCAGCCUGAAUUAAGGCCUAUCCUUCCUUCAAUUAACCUUAUUCCUGCACAAGAAGGCUGUAUAUACCCUAUAAUACCCAUUUAUUCGCCUCUUGUCCCAAUUCCCAUCCAAAAUCUCCAACCAGAAGCAAAGCCCAAAUAUAAAAGGACGUGGAAGCGUAACCAGGUCGAAGCUUUAUAUGCCUUUGCAAAGCUCUAUUGUGCGCAAAAUGGCAAAAGCCUCGAAAACCUGCAGCUUCCUGACUUUAUUGAAAUUGCAAAAAGCACUGAUAAAACUGCUGAGCAAUGCAGGGUGAAGCUCCAUGAAAUCCAUGCAUCUGGCUCUUUGAGAUCUGGGACUUGGUCCGAAGUCGAAGAUGGAAUGAUAAAAGACAUGGCUUUGAGCCAAAAACUGAAAUGGGGGCAAAUCGCAAGUCAGGUGAAUUCGAAGGUUCAUAAAAACAUGAAAAUAAGAACAGGAAAACAGUGUAAAGAAAGAUGGAAUAACCAUCUUAAUCCACAUGUAAAUAGAGGUGAGUGGACAGCAGUAGAAGAUUUAAAGCUUUUAGAGCUUCAUAAAGAACAUAAAAAUCAUUGAAGUUUAAUUUCUAAAGAAAUGACAACAAGAACUGAAAGUGCAAUAAAGAACAGAAUCAAGUCACUUAUGAAUAAAGAAAUGCAAGAUGUAAAUAAUAUAAACAACCCGUCGGCAGCGGUUGAUAGACUUAUCAUGAAGAAGAAGAUUGAAAUUUCAAAUCUUAAAGAUGCACAGGAUAACGCAAGUCCAGGAAGUGGCUCGAAUUAUAGUCGUGCUACAAUGAAACAGCCAACCUUUUCUGAUCUUGCGAUGGGAUUGUUUCCUAACUAG